GGAGGUUUUCCUGCUUUUCCUAGUCCUACAUAUUCUAAACCACAAAAUAUGGUCUAUUGUUUUCCUAUAAUUUUGUUUCCUAUCACAACAUUUCUCAUUCUGACCAUCUUAAUAUUCGUAUUCUUGAUUCUCCUUAAACGUAAGGAUGAAAAAGCUAAACCCGAGACAAGGGCAACCAAGGCCAGAGAUGUGUUUUCAAUUUGGAAUUAUGAUGGAAAAAUUGCAUUUGAAGAAAUGAUUGAAGCAACCGAGGACUUUGACAUCAAAUACUGCAUUGGAAAUGGGAGUCAUGGUAGUGUUUACAGGGCACAACUACCAAAUGGUAGGGUAAUUGCUUUGAAGAAGCUACACAGUUUAGAAGCUGAGAAGACAACUAUCCUUAACAAUUUCCAAAAUGAGGCUCAUAUACUAUCCAAAUUACGACAUCAGAAUAUUAUUAAGCUUUAUGGAUUUUGUUUACAUAAAAAAGGCAUGUUUUUAAUUUAUAAGUACAUGAAGAGGGGAAGCUUGUUUUCUGUUCUACGAAACAAUGAUGAAGCUAUUGAGUUGGAUUGGAGUAAAAGGGUAAACAUUGUUAAGAAUAUUGCUCAUGCUUUGUCUUACUUACAUCAUGACUGCACUCCAUCAAUCGUUCACCACGACCUACCAAGCAACAACAUUCUACUAAACUCAAAAUUGGAAGCAUUUGUUGCUGACUUUGGAUUGGCUAGACUUCUACAUCCUGACUCUUCCAAUAGAACCAUAUUAGCUGGAACUUAUGGAUAUAUAGCCCCAGAACUUGCUUACACCAUGGUUGUGACGGAGACAUGUGAUGUUUAUAGUUUUGGAGUGGUAGCACUUGAAGUAUUGAUGGGUCGUCAUCCAGGAGAACUACUUUCAUCAUUAUCAUCUUCUUCUAAUCAAAAUAUGAUGCUUAUUGAUCUGUUAGACCCACGCCUUCCAUGUGUUGCGGACACAAUGGUCGUACAGGAUAUUGCUCUUAUUUCAAGAAUAGCAUUUGCUUGCUGUUCCAAACCAAAGUCACAACCUACAAUGCACUGCGUGUCUCAUGAAUUUCUUGGCCGCAGGACACCAUUAGCAAAACCUUUUCAUGAGAUUUCCAUCUUAGAGAUGAGAAACCAAUAUAUAUUUGCAGUUGAUAAAUCCAAGGGUUAGGCUUGGAUGUGUUUCACAGUUCUGUGGUAACAAUCCUAUACCAAGUUCUUUUAUUUGACCUCUUUUUAGGUUGCUUCUCUUA